CGUCCUCCGAAGGCCUCGCCGCUGCUGAGGCGCGCCGCCCGCCCGUCCCGCCGCGACCAGGGCGAUCGUGUCCCCCUGAUGCGACCCGGGGCUGCCCAGACUCACGACAUGAGCUCCCCCGACGAGGUGUCUGUUUCGGGGGCGGGUUUCAGCCCGGAGGGAGGGGAGCGGGCCGGCGUCCGCCCAGCCGAGCCCCGCGCCCCGCAGGCACCCGGUCUAGGCCGUGAUUUGGGGGCGCCGCGGAGGGCUGAGGGCGAGGGCGAGGGCGGGUUCCCAGACCCCGAGGGCUUGGAGUCCGAGCAGCAGGUGAUGGAAGCGGGAGGGCCGGUGCUCUGGGGCCGCCAAGGCCGCCGUAGUUCCCUGGCCGAUGACGAGGGGGACGCUGUGGACUCCGCGUCCCGCCUGGCUCACCAGUCCGCGGUGAACGUGGUGCAGCAGCUGGCCGAGUGGGCUGUCCGGAGCAUCUGGAGAAACCCGUCCCCGGAGAGCGGCGCGGGCCUCGAGGCAGGUGCCAGCGGCCGAGGCGCGCCUGCCCUUAGCUGUGUGCAGUCGCAGCCGGCUCCCGCCGCCCCUCUCCAUCUCGGUGGGCCAGAGGGAGGCCGGGCCUGGGGGAACCCUAAAAGAGGCAGCAGGAGCAGGAUGAUGGGCACUGCGGGUCGCCUGCGGCCCUCCGCGGAAGGCCCGCUCGGGCUGCCUUCUGACUCCAAGUCAUCAGACGAGUUCAGUGAGACACAGCUGAUGAGGCUGACCCUUUACCCCAAAGAAGGAGGCCAAGCCAAGCCCAACAGCCCAGAGGAUCCCGGGGACACACCCAGACACUGCAGUUUCCAUGCCAGGGAGAAUUUCCCCCACGUGCCAGGCCCUUUCCCGUCCUCCAAUGCCCGAGCAUUCACCUUGGCUGUGCAAAGGCAGGCUGUUGGAGAGCUGGACUUCUCUUCCUCCAAGAAAAUGCAAAGUGUGGUCUGGGGCAAGGUGGGGAGCAGGCCCAGCUACCCGGAAGCUGGUGCUGCUGGAGGCGGCCUGGCCUGGGCCACUCCUCCGAGGAAGGCAACCCAAGAGAAGGAAUCCCUAGGGGAUGCCUCACAAGUUGCCCAGGGGAGAAUCUUUCCUGCCUGGGGGCAGAGAGUCUCGGCAGCUCGCCUGGAUCCAGCCACAUUCCCUCCAAUCUCUGGUGUUCCGCUGCUUGGGAGGUCCAAGAAGUAUUCCUUGGCCCGUGCGGGAACCAAGCAGUCCAAGCACACCGGCACUGGGAAGAAAUCAGUGGCCAGGAGGACAAGGGAGUCCGAGCUGGUGGUGGCGGCGGGAGAAGAUAAUGACCCAAACAGAGACCCAGCCCCACAGGGACAACUCCCAGCACACAGGCCAGGGCCAUGUUGUCCGUGCAAGCACCGUGGAGAAGGCAGCCGUGGCGACCUCAACAACGGAGCCUGCCAAGUUCGGGGAGAGUCACAGCCCUUGGCCCUGAGCCAGGGAGAUGUCAUGCCCAGAGGGCCCGCAGCCUCCGGUGACCAGGAGCCACUUCACCAUCCUCCAAGACCCAAAAGGCAGCAGCAACCACCUGGAGCUCAGGGCUGUCGUCGGUGUCUCGUGCUACAGAGAGAAGUAGACGACCUGAAAGAGCAACUUGCCGCCAUGCAGUCCCUGGCUGACAAGUUCCAGAGCCUUUCAAGUUGAGCCAGCAUCUUCCUACAAGAGAAGUAGCUGGUACCUUUGGAGCCUGGGAGCUGUGGCCAAGCUGGUUCCCUCCUGUUGUACCUCAGCCAGGGCUUCCUCUCCCCUUUCUUUGCCCCCUCCCCACCCCAGUUCACGGCAGUUUCAAAUUAAAGUACCUCUCAUC